UGUUUUUUGUUAUUUAUUACUAGUUCGUCUAAUUUGUCAUAAAUUUUUACAAAGUCAUCAUGGUCUGGUGUUCCAGCUAUCCAUUUCAAAAGUGUUCCUAAUUCAUUUAUACCCCUUUUUUGCUUAAAAUGGUUAUGUUUCAAUUGUUCUAAUAAAGUUUCAAUUAUCAAAAUUUCAGAUUCUGUUUCCUGUGUAAUAAUGCUUAGGCUGCCAUGAUUGUGUUUGUUAUUACUGUCCCCGUAUACCUCAUAAAUGGAAACAUCUCUAUUUUCGAUAAAUACAUAUAGGGUAUUCACAAGGUGUCAUAGUGCGUCAUAUCGUCAUAUUGUCAUAUUUUUUAUGACUGUCAUACCAACACUGUUGUUGUUUCACAUGCAAAAUUAAAAUAUGGCUGAUACAACACUGCGUGGUAUGUUUCUUGAGUUCGCUAUUCUAUCAGCUAUAUUUGUUUACUAUCUUAUUAUUGGCCUUUAAGUGUUUGAAAUUAAUAAAUUUAAUAAAUCUCGUUAUUAAUAUGGAAGGAAACCACGAUAUUCAGGUAAAUUAAGUUGAUUAUAAGUGAAAUAUGAAAAUAUUUUGAUGUUUAUGUGGUUGCAAAUGAUUUUAUUGCAGUGUAAACCAAAACGCCGCCGUUUCAACCCGGUACAUAAGUGGAAUGCGGCAGAAGAAAAAGCGCUUGUGGAGUUCCUAAUGGAAAUAGAAGUUUCGAGAAACCAACGGCUCAAAGCUUUUAUGGUUUAUUAUAAUAAAGCAAAGGAGUUGGAAUUGUCGACAGGCGCAGGAAGUAUGGAAGGCAACACAAUAAAAAAUACUUUAAGAAAAAUGUAUUUUUUCUAUGAAGAGUUGGACGAUAUUUUCGGCAGCAGAUUAAAUUGUUCUGCAGUAGUGGAAGACAGUUUGCUGACGCUGUUAGAAAGCGAUUCUACAAGUCAAUCGGGAGCAGAAUGUGUGGUUGAAGCGGGCAGUUCAGUUGAAGCUGAAGAAUUACAAAGUCCAGCGUUAAACGACAAUGUGUGCACUCGAAGGCAGAAAGGAAUAUAUUCCAAAACUGCCUUGUCAGAUAGUUUGCAGGUUCAUGGCGAGAUCGCAGAAAUAAGGAAGCAAAAGCUUAAGAUUGAUGUUGCAGCAAGGGAAAGAGAAAUGUCAAUCAAAGAAAAAGAAUUAGAGUUAAAAGAAAAAGAGAUAGAAUUAAAAGAAGAGAAAUUAAUGACAAAUUAGAAAUUGAAAAAAUUAAAUUACAAAUGCAGGAGAGGUUGCCAAUGGAAGAGCUUAGGCUAAAAUAUAAAUAAUUUUACAAUGCACUACAUUUUUAGUUCACUGAAUUUAUUUUUAUUAUUAUGUGAUUUUUUAUGUUUUAAAUGAAGUUUUUAUGUUAUAAGUUUUGUUGUGAUAUUAACAGUUAGUGCCUUUUGAAGAAUACGAAAAUGAAAUGAUAACUGUACCUAACCCAAAAUAAAAGAACCAAAAUCAAAAAUAU